GUGAUUUGGGUUCUUGGAUAAACUUCAAUGUUGGCUGAGGUGUAGAGAACCAGUGGGUCGUCUUUUGUCAUGUAAUUGCCCCCGAACACUGAUCCUUGCAGACAUGGUGGAAAUUCUGAAAAAGAAACUUACUAAGACUGUAUCGCUUCCAAUGUAAACAAUGUCGGUCAUAACACGAGUUCCGGAGAAAAACUUGUGGGAGGAGAUAUGUAAAGAAUUUGCAUCAAGAUCAGCUCCAGUAAGGUCUGAUGAUGAAAUGUCAGUUAAGACAGAGUACCAGGAUUUUGAUCCUGCCAAACACAACCCUGUUUUCUAUGGAAAGAUGCAUGAACGUGUUGAAGCUGAUGAAGAUGUCAUGAAGGAAUUGGAUGCUGCUACCAGUCAUCCAUCCUGUGCAGGAUACACAUUCACAGAUAAACCCCCAGAGACACCCCCCUCUCCUCCCCCGACACCUCCCCAUAAAGAUGUCUGUACACCAAGAGAGUAUUUAGAACAUUAUGUUUUCCCAUGGUUGUUGCCAGCUUUAGAAGAUAUGCUAAGGCAAGCAAAGAAAGAAAAAUGCUUAGAGAGAAAAAGAACAGCAUUUAAUGCUUUAGAUUACAUCACAGAGCAUUUGUACAAAAAUAAUCCAAAGUUUGAUGACAGAAAGGAAAUCACAUUUGAGAAGAUUCCAUUUGUAGCAAAACACUGGGAAACUCAUCCCCGCCCCCCACUACCCUUGUCUCUCAUCUGGACGGAGGAGGAAGCGGCCCUUGUCAUCCAAUCACAGUGGAGGGGAUAUCUUGUCAGAAAAGAUGGCGAGGUCCAGGAGCUCCGCCAAUGGCAAAGGGAAUGGCGCGAAGAGAACGGUAACAUCAGCACCAAGGUCAGCGAGUUCUGGGACAAGAGGAUGCCCGAUUGGGACCGCCCCACCCCCAACGCCUCGGAGGACCAGCUCAAAGUGGACAACAAAGAAAUCCGCGUGGAGUCGCCCACCAAACAGAGUUAAAGUGGAAAUAUCCACAUUAGUAGCGGAUGUUUGGUCAAUUUCUUGUCUAAUUCACUAGGGGAAAAGUAUUGUCAA